AUGGAAGACGUUGUAAAACAACAAGAAGUAGGUGCAGAAAUAGUAACAAAUCCAAUAAAAGAAGAAGUUAGUAAUUUAAAGAUUGGUGUAUGUAGAAUACUAUCAACUAAGAAUAACACUAUUAUUCAUGUAACUGAUAUGACUGGUAGUGUAACUUACGCUAAAAUAUCUGGAGGUUCUAAAGUUAAGGCAAAGAAGGAUGAAGGAUCUGCAUAUGCUGCAUUCUUGGCAGCUAGAGAAGCAGCAGAAUUAGCUUUACGUAAAGGAAUAAACUGUUGUCACUUUUACAUCAGAGGUAGAGGAGGUGUUUCUAAAAAGAAUCCAGGAACAGGAUUAGUAGCAGCAGUUAGAAGUUUUGCAACUACAGAUGGCAUGAGAGUUGGUAGAAUAGUUAAUGUAACUCCAAUUCCAACAGAUUCAACUCGUCGUAAAGGAGGUAAUAGAGGUAGAAGAGUUUAA